CAUGGACGUCGCCGCUUGAGCUUGACGUGACGGCAUUUGUUGUUGAUAUUUGUAGUUUUUUUGCAAAAAUGUGUGUAGAUUAGUUCGUAUUAUAAUUUUUCAAUGUAACAGAAAAUGGUAACGCUUGUUGACGAUUUAGAUUCUUUAACGUUACAGGAGCCUAUCUUCAAGGAUGUCAAGUAUUACAUCUCGGGCGAUGUUUCGAAAAAGAUUGUAUUGUUGCUGCAGUCAGGUGGUGCUGAAAACACUAAAUACUUCGGCGACUAUGUCACACAUUUAAUUUGUGGUCAAAAUGCGGCUGAUACGGAUUUAGAGGAGGCUCAGGAUAUUUACCAGAUUCCUGCUGUUACUGAGCACUGGGUCGUGGCCUGUGUGCGCCUCAAGAAGCUAGCGAACACUCGUUCGUACAGCCCUAACAAGAGCAAAAUAUUCCUCAAUGUCACUGCUUGUGUAGCGAAAGUUAGUCCCACUGAUGCCAAGACCAUAUUUGCACUGAUAACAUACUAUGGUGGCAGAGUUCAGCUGAACCUCGAUGCUCGUUGCACACAUUUGAUCUGUGGCUCUGCAUCAGGCCGGAAAUACAAAGUGCUUUCAGGUUUAAACUCAAAACUAAAGAUUGUGACCCCUGACUGGGUCCUAGAGAGUGUAAGGGCAAGAAUCCAAGCUGUCACAGAGGUAUUUCAUCCUAAACUACUUGUAGUGCCUCAGCCACCUCCAACUUUAAAAUUGAUGGAACCUCGUAUAAGUGCAAUCACAGGUUUUGACUUUGAGGAAGGCAUAGCAAAGAAUGAGGUACCUACUCAAAAUAUGUCUGAAAGUAAAGAUGACAGUACUCAAGCUCUUCUAGAUAAGUUAAAGCAGAGAAUGCCAUGGAAUCACCCUGCCUCUUCUGCGAAUGCUCCAACUCCUACAUCCUCUGCUCCGUCUAUGGGCUACACCAGCACAAGUCUGCCCACAUCUAAUAUCAUGAGUAAGUCUCUGCCUCAAGGUAUUGUGACUCAGAACUUACAGAUUCAAGGCAGCCAGGCCGGUAACAUACAGAUGAUGCAGAAGUUUGGACAAAACACCAUUGUGACUUCACAAGCAGGAAUGAGUUUGCAAACUCAACAGCCUACUUAUCAGGCUCACCAACAACAGUUGCAACAACAACAACAGCAACAGCAGCAGCAACAACAACAACAGCAGCAGCAGCAGCAACAACAACAAUCUCAGCAACAACAGUCUCUACAGCAACAACCCCAUGGCCUCACAGCCAUACAGAUCCAACAACAAAAGCUGUUGCAACAACACCAACAGCAACAUCAGCUCAGAAUGCAAAUGUUGCAGCAACACAACAAGAACAACCAACAAACACAACAGGGCUUCACACAGCAGACAGCUUCCACUUCACAAAUGGGCCAGAAUAUGUCAGGGCAAUUACAGCACUUGCAGAGCAACCAGCAUCAACAUGUGCAGUCUCAGAAUAUCAGCCAAAGCCCCAGCACCUCCAUGACGUCAGCCCAGCAGCAGAUUGAGAAUAUCAGCCAGAUGUUGAGUCAGAGUGCCAACAACUUGCAACAACAACAGCAACAACAACAACUGAACCAGUCAAAUAUGGUGAUGAAGCAAGGCCUCACACUCAGCCAGCAGAGUGCCUCACAAGCUGUCCAAAACAUUGCUCAGCAUCUAGCUCAGUCUACACAGAACUUCCGCGAGCAGAGCCUACAGAAAGCUCAAGCUCAAAUGAAUCAGGGCUUAGGACAAAGCAUUGGACAGCAGCAACUGCUUAGCGGGACAGGACAGCAACAAGGGAUGAUCCAACAACAAACCCUACAGUCCAUGACGGGGCAGCAACAGAACUUAAACAUGGGUGUGGUCAACCAGCAAGGAAUGGUCGCCUCUUCACAAGCACAACAAGGGCAGAACACAGUCCAACUGAACCAGUUAGUUGGUCAGUCUGGUCAGCAGACUGUCAUUGGUCAACAGAUACAGGGGGUUCAGCAAACUAUUCAGAGCCAACAGGGUGGCAAUGUGCAAGGUGCCUGGAGGCAGCAAAAUAUCCAAAUGGUUCAAAACAUCAACCAGAGCCAGCACCAAAUCAUUAGAAGCCCACUUGUACAGACUCGCAACCCUCAGAACCAAGUGAUUUUACAGCAGCAAAUCAUGCAAACUCAGCAUCAAGCAUUGAUAAACAACCAAUCACAGGCGAGCCCGCAACACUCCAUCCAACAGCAGCAGUCUCAGCAGAUCCUUCAACAAUCACUCAACCCCCAGGGCCAGACCAUUAGCCAGACUCACCACCAGAUCUUGGUCCAGAAGCAGCAAUUAUUGAGUGGUUCUGGCCAACAGCAGAUUGUCCAGCCACAGCAAGUGCUUAUAAACCAGCACACUGGGCAACAACAGAUCCUUGUCCAUGGGAAUCAACAAGUCACCCUACAAGGGAACCAGCAGAUAGUAUCACAGAGCCAGAUUGUGCACCAAGGGGGACAGAUAGUGAACCAGGGGCAGCAGAUAAUCACUCAAGGGACCCAGCAGGUUUUGUCCCAAGGCGGGCAGCAUGUGAUAACGCAGCAAGGGUCACAGCACCAAGUGGUGAUUGCUCAGCCAUCGCAGCAGGUGGUCAGUCAGGGCAGCCCGCAGAUCUUGCAACAAGGGGGGCAGGUGCCGGGCUCCCCGGUGCCCUCCGGGGGCAUCCAGCAGAUCAUCACACAUGGAGGUGGACAACAGAUUGUGUCCCCCGGCGGACAGCAGAUCGUGCAGGGACAGAAUGUGUCCUGGCAGCAGCAGUACUUGCAGAGACAGCAGAUUGGACAGCCUGGAACUGUUGGACCUAGGGUGUCGUGGAGCGGCGGCGGGCGCCAGCUCAUCCACCUGGACGCGCAAACUCACGCACAGCUGCAGCAGAUGGACCCGCAGCAGCGCGCCAUGUUCGUGGCGCAGCUGCAGAAGCGGCGCCAGCUGUCCAUGCAGCGGGCUGCUGCUAUUGCCAUGCAUCAGCAGCCCGGAGUGGCGGUGUCACCUGGCGCGCCGCCGGCCCCGCAGAGUGUGACCUUCAUCCGCAGCCAGCUGCCGCCGGGCCUCACGCAGCAGCAGCAGGUGCAGUGGCUCCAACAGCAGAGGGCGACUCCGCUGCCGGCCGCGGCUCCCGCGCAGCCGCCGCAGUCACCGGUGGGCGCGCAACCAGUGGGUUCGGACGCGCAGCUGCAACAGAUGCAGCUGCAGCGGCAGCAGCAGUUCCAGCGGCUGCAGCAGCUGCAGGCGCAGCGGGACCACGUGGCGCACCACCACGCCGCCGUCAAGCAGCAGGUGGCCCAGGGCGUGACUCAGCACGUGGUGGGCGCGGCGCUGGGCGACGGCGACGCGGCGCUGCUCACGCCCACCACGCCGGAUCAGGCUGCUGGUGGCGCUGUGCUAGUGAACCCGAAGACCAAGACGGCAUUAGCGAAUAUGCUGAGCAUCCGCCUGCAGGGGGGCAGCGCCGCGCCCGACCACGAGCCCUCCGCCGCCGGCACGCUCAGGUUGAUGACGGCGGCGCACGUGGCGGGCGGCGCGUCCCCCCGCCCCCCCGCGCGGCUCAUGCUCGGCCCCACCAUGCAUCCGCAGCACACGCACCAUCAGCCGGCAGCAGGUGCGGUCGGCAGCAAAGUCUACGCGGGCCCGGUGCGGCCGCCGCCCCCUAGAGCUCAGUUCUACGGACAUAAUCCUAACUUGAAGCUACCCCCGGAUCUGUUCCUGUUGGGGUGCGUGUUUCAUAUUGUGGAAUACCAGCAAGUGUGGGGCGCCGAGAAGGUCUCCCGAUGGACGGAGGCGAUCCAGCGUCGCGGCGGCGAAGUGGAGGCUUCGUACUGCGCACGCGUCACUCACGUGUUGUGUGAGACACAGAAACACGGCGUUGUCAUGCAGGCGCUACGCGACGCCAAGCGGUGUGUGACGGCCUACUGGCUGUCGGACUCGAUGCUGCGACGGACCGUGGCGCCGCCGUGGCAGGCCAUCCACCUGCCCACCAUGUAUGCCGCCAGGGACCGUCCGGCGCGCCACCACCGCGCCGCCAUAUCCGGCUGGCGGGGCGACGAGCGCGAGCGACUCACCUUCUGUCUACACCACGUGGGGGCUAAGCUAACCCCGUACAUGACUCGCGACAACACAGUCCUGAUCUGCAAGCGAGCUGAGGGCAACAAGUACCGGCGCGCACGCGAGUGGGGCGUGCCGGCCGUCAGCGCCGCCUGGCUGACGGACUUGCUGCUGGGCAACAUGAGCGCUAACAAGCAGAUCGAGAAUGCGAAGUAUCAGCAGUUCAACCUGGCGAAUCCGUUCCGUAUGGACUACAGCCUCGUGUCACAUCUCAUGAACGCAUGGAAGAUGCCCAUAAACAUCACGCAAGAAUCCCACGAGCGCGCCAAACGGGGGGCGCUAACAGCCGGGGGGCGGCGGGCCAAGCGCCCCCGGCUGGAGGAGCCGCCGCCCCCGCCGCUGCCGCAGCCCGCGCAGCCGCCGCCCCUGCACCUGGCGCCUCGGGUGCUGUUCUCGGCCAUACCGCAGCAUGAGCAGACUAAGCUGGCUACUAUUGUCAGGCAACUCGGCGGCCUCGUAGUGACGACCGCGGCAGAAGCCACGCACCUCAUCAUGGACAAGCUGGUCCGCACCUCCAAGCUCAUCAGCUGCCUCGUCACAGUCAAGUUCCUCCUCACCCCGGAGUGGAUCCUCGACAGCCAGAGGCAAUGCAAGUUCGCAGAUGAAGCCAAGCACGAGUUGCGCGAUGAGGCGUUCAACAAAAUGUACAAAUGUGACAUUUCUGAGGUCUUACUCUGUGGCGAACAACGAAGGAGGCUGUUUGAAGGCGUAACCUUCUUUCUCACGCCGUGUGUAAAACCUUCGCGCGCGUCCCUGACGGAGGUUAUCGAACUCUGUGGAGGAAAAGUCGAGAAGAAUCGACGAUCGUACGUUUCGAUUCAAGAAAUGCACACGCAAAAGCCGUAUAGUUAUUUGGUACUCAUAGCACCCAAUGAUCUGCAUUUAGUAUAUUAUUUGCUGCAAUCGGAGAAGACGUUGAAUGUGGUUUGCAGCGCGGAGGUAGUGCUGUCCGCGAUCAUGCGACAGAGAUUGGACAUCGAUGAGUUUUUAGUUAAAAUUAAUUAGUUUAAAUUUACAUGAAGUGAAAUGUAAUUUAAAUAUAGGUGAAGUAUAAAAAUAUUUUAUAAGGACAAUUUAACGUGACAUGCAACGAUUCUGAUUCUUUGAUUUUUAUUAUUUUUUCUUUGACGCUCGUAAUUUAUUUCAUGAAAUAUAUUUUUACAUUGUUUGCUAUAUUCAGCUCUUGUUAAUUUUGUUACAAUGAAUUUUCUUUUCAAUUUUAUAUGCAUUGAAGUUGUUAUAAGUAAGAAAUGUAUUCCGUUUUCAAAUUGAUAUACAAUUUAAAGAAAAGUAUCAAUAUGUGUUAGUAUUUUUCUAUGAAUUUAAAAUGAAACUUUAUCUUAUUGUAAAAUGAACCAUCUGCUAGAUGUACUGAGAUGGCCUGGACCAUUUACAUUAAUGUUUGUAAAUAUCUGAUGAAAUAAACACUUUAUUAAAGUAACUAA